AUUAACUAUUCAAGGAGACCCCUUUUGGUCAUGAAUGACCAUGGGAUUGCACCUAGAAAGUUACCCUCCGAGGCACGAGUCCGGGCGAGGUUGUUUAUGGAAGACCAGCAGUUGCCCACGCCACCAAUGUUAUCCAAAGGAAAAGCAAAGGCCGAUACAGCUUGGCACCAGUGAUGUCGCAACUCAUUUCUACAGCUGAGUUAACUGGAGCAACGUAAAAUAAAGUGUCUUGCUCAAGAACACAACACGCAGCCCGGUCCGGGAAUCGAACUCACAACCUCACGAUUGUAAGCUCGAUGCUCUAACCACUGAACCAUGCGCCUUAACUAUACAUAAUCGUAUUUAUUCAGGAGAAAAAGUGUUUUACUGUGAUAUGUCUGAUAAAUCAGUCAUGCUGCAAACAAAUGAGAUGAAGAUACACAAGACCAUUAUAUAAGAGAGAAACCAUAUUAUUGUGAUAUCUGUGAUAACUCCUUCACUGAUCGAAGUAAAUUAACUGCUGGCAAAUGUAGAGCAAAAGCCAUAUCACUUUGAUACAUGGGGUAAAUCUAUGCAACUAUUUAACCUAUUCUCUGUAAAACGUAAUGCUUAUUUAUUCACAUCGAUAUGAAUUAGUCAUGAUUUAUCUCAUAGCUUUGAGAUUUCAGUGACAUGAUUGUUUACUUUUAGAAUAAUUAUUGUAGGGUAAUUGUGAGAGGCUGGAUCUGACCUGUUGGAAGAUAAAGCAGGUAGAUUAUUUUGACAUGGACAUGGACAUGGACAAAUGUGUUAAAUGUUCUCAGUUGUAUACAAACAGGUGAGAAAUUAUAUCACUGUGGUAGCUGUGAUAAAUCAUUCCUCAUCAACGUUUAACAUCCGCUUUCCAUGCUAGGAUGGGUUGGACGAUUUGACUGAGGGCUGGCAAGCCAGAAGGCUGCACCAGGCUCCAAUCUGAUUUGGCAGGGUUUCUACAGCUGGAUGCCCUUCCUAAAGCCAACCAAUCCAAGAGUGUAGAGGGUGCUUUUACAUGCCACUGGCACGAGGGCCAGUCACACGGUACUGGCAACGGCCAUGCUCAAAAAGGUGUUUUUUACAUGCCACUUGUGCAGGAGCAAGUCCAGUGGCACUGGCAACAACCUCGCUCGAAUGAUUUUCUAACAUGCCAUCAGCACAAGUGCUAGAAGGCAACGCUAUUCUCUUUAUGAAAUCACUCAUAUAUACUUAGAAACCUGCACUCUGUGAAGUGAGUGACAAAUGAACAGAGACAUCAGCACUCUAGUGUUGCCAGCAACACAACAGCCUCUCUAGUGCUGGUUCCACAGCAAAAUACACUGUCAAAGACACAAUGACAGAUAGGGCAACCAGCCAUAAGAAACAUUCCCAGAAAUGAAGCAUAGAAUUGAAACAUUUUUCUUUGACUCAUCUAAGACAUGGAAAGGAACCCGAUAUAGAUUUUUUUUGUUGUUAUAACAAUAUGUAAAUUAUUACAUGUAUUGUAUUGGUUACUGAUUGAUUUGAUGUAAAAAUGGAGUUUUAGAAUGAUCAAGUUGUUGAUUUUUGUUUCCUCAGUUUAUUGUAUUUAAUAAAGCUUUAUUUGCGUAAUGUUUUGGUUAUACUUUGCAGUCUGAACUUUUAUAUAGCACAUUCCCAUCCUGAACCUCCUUUGUGUAUGUAUAUAUAUAUAUAUACACACAUACAUAUCUCUAUAUAUAUGUAUCUUGUGGUAUAUGUUAAAGAAGUAAAAUGUAAAAAUUUCUACUGGAUACCUCCAUAAGAAACAAUACUCUUGUAUUUUCACAGCAAUCUUUAUAUCCUGCUUAACAUAGAUGCAUUGUUAGAAUACUAUUACUGCAGUAUUUGCUUUGAGAAAUCCUCUCAUGUAGAUUUAUACUGCUAAGAAGCACAGAAAUAUAUCAGUAUAUUAGUAACAGUGAGAUUUGGCUGGCAUGCACUGAAAGGAUGUCUGGGGCUGAUGAAGCACAAAUUUGAUGAAAUCAGUUUAUUUAGCAGUUCCAUCAAUGUUGCUGGACAAUUCACAACUGCUACCAAUAGUUCUGUGCCAAUAGCACUAUACAUCUAUAAUACUGCUUCCAUCACUAAUAUUUAAUUUGUAUUAUCAUAUUUCUGCAAAGAGAUACAUCUAACAAUUUGGUGUUACUAGGGCUCAUUUGAAGAAUUAAUGCUAAUUUUAAAGUGAUGGGAGAACAACUGGUGAUGAUAUUUUCAAAGAGGUAGAGAAAACAUUGAAUACAAUUUGGUUUUGAAAUAUCUUCAGUGUCUUCUGAUUCUGGGAAAAACUAUCAGUGAUGUUAGAAAAGGUUUUGUUGGGCAAGACCACAGAAUAUGUGAUUGUAUGGGCUGUAGGGAACCACAACACCAUUCACCAAAAAGCAUAUCAAGAAUAACUUUUACAUCCAUCAUAUGUGGUAGACAUACCAGCUUCAAUAAAUUUUUGAUUACAUUGUAUCUAUGACUUUGGAGCAAUUUGUCACAGUGAGGCUUUGUUACAGUGAACACAAAAUAGAUUUUCUAGCUUGUUGCUGAUGCUUAAAUGAUUCAUUUCUCCUUAGGGUUUUACAAGUCUUCGUUUAGUAGUUUCAUUUCAACUAUUUUCUUGUUUCUAGUUCAAUUUGUGUUGUAGGUGAAAGUUAAUAUCGAGAUGGAGGACUGUAAUUUGGUUAGUGUUAUUUGCAUGUUGUGAUAAGUUAAAUAAACUUAUCUCCUUGUGUAAGGUGAGCAAUUUUUCCUUUGCAGUGUUGGCUUAACUUCAUCACCUUAUGUCUAACAUGUCUAAAGGUGAACUCUGUAAUUUAUCGAGGGCUGUUUCUUUUUCUAUCUUUUACUUGUUCCAAUCAUUAGACUGCGGUUAUGCUAGGGCACCGCCUUGAAGAAAUUUUAGUCGAAUGAAUCGACCCCCCAGUACUUAUCUUUUUAAAACUUGGUACUUAUUCUGUCGGGUACUUUUGCCAAACUGCUAGGUUACGGGGACGUAAACACACCAAGCUGUAGUGGCUGGGAGAGACAGACACAAAGGUACACACGCAUAGACAUAUAUACUACAGGUUUCUUUCAGUUUCCAUCUACCAAAUCCACUCACAAUGCAUUAGUCAGCCUGAGACUAUAGAAGACACUUGUCCAAGGUGCCAAGACGCAGUGGGACUGAAGCAAGCUUCUUUAUUUCAUAAUAUUUGCCAUAAGACAGUACAUAGAUGGGAUGAACAAGGACAGACAAAACACCAAAAAGGUGUAGUAGUUGCUUAAUAAUUAAAAAUUACAGUUCGAAUGAAAAUUUACAAUGACCAAUAGUUAAAAAUAUAAUUAAAUAUCUAAUUGCGAUUCGCAAUAAAUAACGUCAAAAGGAAAGACCUCUGACCACCUGGAUAGAACCUUUGCUUUCUUCCACUGACCCCAUUUACAUGGUGCCAAUCACUCUCAGCUUGCUUCCACUUCUAACUCAGACCACGCACAUUUAAACCAAGGUUAAGUGAGGUCGUUACAAAAAGCAAAGGUUCUACAAUCCAAUAAGCGUAAAAUUAAUCCAAUAAGAAAAACACAGUCCACAAAAGAUAAAUUCCAACUUGCAGCAAACAAAAUAUUCGUCUUUAACGGAAGCAAUCCAAAAACCGGAAGCUAAGCUUCUUUAUUUGAUAAAUAUUUGGUAUACAAGCAUUACAAAGAGGGGACACGUAAAAUGGUGAAAAAGCUGCUAUAAUUUACAAGUUCUUUUUUUUAUUAUUAUUAAUGAUAAAUUACGAUUAAAAUUACAGUAAAAAUUUUAAAGUACGAUGAUAUCACAUUGCCACAUGCAGUGUAUCUCCUGAAGGAAAGGCACCCGACCACCAGGGUAGAACUUUUGCGUCUUUUCCGGGGCUUCACUCACUUGGUGCCAAUCACUCCCAGACUAGUACCAAUCCCUCCCCCCCGCUAGAGGCGGGGCACAAGAACAAAGUUCUGAAACGACUUCAAGCAGUUCGAAUUUUUACACAAAAUAAAAAAAAAAAAGCAAUGCCACAAUGGCCACAGUAAUAUACCGAGGAAUAGUAAAAACAAAUACAGUUCAACAAAGGUAAUAAUCCAAAAUAAAUGGAAUCCAACUAUAGCAAAACGCUCAUCAGCACCAAAAAAAAAAAAAAAAACGACCACGUUGUAUGACCGGAAUCAAGUUUCUUACCUCACAAUCACACCCUUUUAUUUAUUUUCUUUUAAAAUAAAAUUUCAUCAAUUGCUUCCUUCUAUUGUAUAAUAUCCUAUUAAUAUUCUAAGAUUGAAGAAAGCUUUUCUCUUUCGUUUUUAAAAUGUGUUGAUAACAAUUAUACCCUUAUAAAUGUUUCUUAUCGAAACUGCGGCGUAAGUCCUACAGUCAGCUUCACUUGUUCUAUGUGGCAAGACUAAAAAUCAUUUGUUAAACCCUGAAUCUAAUGAAAUAAUUUCUUCGGUAAACGAAUAUCAAAUGACAUUGGCAUUGAAGAUAUAUCAUUAAUAUUUAUCACCAUUUACAGACAAAAGAGAGAUUUCAUAAUGAAGAGCUGCAACUCUCUUUGUAUCAAUUUAUCUGAGAGUUAUUUCUUCCAAGUAAUACAGUUCUCUUCAACAUCCAGAACAGGCAUGGGCAAACUUUUUUGAGAAGCAGGCAACAUGAAACAUGGUUUUCCAUCUAGUGGGCUGCACUACUAAGAAAAAUAAUGGUAAUGUUUUUUGUUAGGCAUGUCAUUAAGAAGGUCCCAUGGGCCACUGGUCUGGAAGGUAUACAAGUUUGCCUCUCUUUUCUGAUAACAGUUGAUUGCAAAUAUUACAGGAGAAAAGUUGUGAUCAAUACAAUAAUAGAGCAGAAAAUAUCAAUGUAGUUGUCGUCAGAAAAGAAAAUUUAUAGAAGAAUGGAUUUUCCUGAAGAAUUGUUGAAGAAGGUGGGAAAAUCAUCAUAUUCCUGUGAUAUCUGUCAAAAGACAUUCUCUUUAAAAAGCAGCCUUACAAAUCAUAAAAUUAUUCACUCAGGAGAGAAACCACAUAACUGUGAUAUCUGUGGUAAAGCAUUCUCUAGAUUACAAACCUUAAUUACUCAUAAACGUAUCCAUACUGGAGAAAAGCCUUAUGAAUGUAAUAUCUGUGGUAAAUCAUUCUCUGUCAGAAGUCAUUUAGCUGAUCACAUACGUACUCAUACAGGUGAAAAGCCAUAUCAUUGUGAUAUCUGUGGUAAGUCCUUCUCUCGAAGUAAUGGCCUGACUAGGCACAUUCGUAUUCACACAGGUGAGAAGCCAUAUCUGUGUAAUAUUUGUGGUGAAUCAUUCUCUGAAAAAGGUAAUUUAACUAAGCACAAAUACAUUCAUACAGGUGAAAAGUUGUACCACUGUGAUAUCUGUGGAAAAUCAUUCUUUCAGAAAGUUCAUUUAAAUUCUCACAAAUAUGUUCAUACUGGAGAGAAACCAUAUCACUGUGAUGUCUGUGGCAAAUCGUUCGCUGAUAGAAAUACUUUAAUUAAGCACCAACACAUUCAUACAGGAGAGAGACCAUACCCUUGCGAUAUCUGUGGUAAGUCAUUCAGUAACAGAAGUACAUUAAAUGUUCAUAAACGUAUUCAUACAGGAAAUAAACCAUACCACUGUGAUAUCUGUGAUAAAUCAUUCUCACAAACAAGUCAAUUGACUUUACACAAGAGACGUAUUCAUACAAGAGAAAAGCCAUAUUACUGUGAUAUCUGUGGGAAAUCCUUCACUGACGGAACUGGAUUAACUGUUCACAAGCGUAUUCACACAGGGGAAAAACCAUAUCGUUGUGAUAUCUGUGGUAAGUCAUUCACAUGUGGAGGUACCUUAACUGUUCACAAACGUAUUCAUUCAGGUGAAAAACCAUAUCAUUGUGAUAUUUGUGGUAAAUCCUUCACAUAUGGUAGUGCAUUAACUGUUCACAAACGUAUUCAUUCAGGUGAAAAACCAUAUCAUUGUGAUAUUUGUGGUAAAUCCUUCACAUAUGGUAGUGCAUUAACUGUUCACAAACAUAGUCAUUCAGGAGAAAAACUGUAUCACCCUGCUAAAUCAUUCUCUGGAGCAAGUCGUUUAAUGAGACAUAAGAGGCACAUUCGUAAAAGAAAGAAAACCUAUCAAUGUGAUACUUGUGGUAAAUCAUUCACUGAUGGAAGUGUGUUAAGUGUUCACAAACGUAUUCAUACAGGAGAGAAACCAUAUCACUGUAAUACCUGUGGUAAAUCAUUUUCCCAAAGUUCUGGCCUAAUUAGGCACAUACGUAUUCAUACAGGAGAGAAACCAUAUCACUGUGACACUUGUGGCAAGUCUUUUACUGAUGGACGUACGUUAACUUCUCAUAAACGUAUGCAUACAGGGGAAAAACCAUAUCACUGUGAUAUCUGUGGCAUGUCAUUCUCUGAAACAUAUAAUUUAACUAAACACAAAUACACCCAUACAGGAGAAAAGCUAUAUCACUGUGAUAUCUGCGGUAAAUCCUUCUCUCAGACAAGUCAUUUAACUGUUCACAGUCGUACUCACACAGGCGAGAAACCUUAUCACUGUGACAUCUGUAAUAAAUCCUUUUCUCAAACAGCUCAUCUAACAAUUCAUAAACGUACUCAUACAGGUGAGAAACUGUAUCAUUGUGAUAUCUGUGGUAAAUCUUUCUCUCAGACAGGCCAUUUAACAAUUCACCGACGUAUCCACACAGGAGAGAAACCCUAUCAGUGUGAUAUUUGUGGUAAAUCAUUCUUCCAAAAUAGUGAUGUAACUAAGCACAAACGCAUUCAUACAGGGGAAAGGCCUUACCACUGUAAUAUCUGUGGUAAAUCAUUCUCUGGGAGUACUUCCUUAACAAUUCACAAAUGCAUUCAACCAGGAGAAUAACCACAUCGCUAUAUCUGCAGUAAAUAAUUUUCUGAAAACUAUGAUUUAACUGAACACAAAUAUAUUCAUUCUGAAGAAUAAAUAGCACAUUUAUAUGUGGUAAAUCAUUCUCUGUUACAAAUCACUCCUCUAUUUAAUAAUAUGUGCAAUGUGGAGUGGUUGAGAAAUUGUAACAGAGGUAUCAGGAUUCUGAAAUCUACUGUGUGACAUGACUGCCUGGUUCCACAAUAAAAUACAUCCAACACACUGUCAAAUUGAUGGUGACAAGUAGGGCAGCCAGCUAUAAACAUCAUGCCCCUAAAAUGGAACUUGAAAGUGAAAUAUAUUUCCUGAUUCACCAAACUCAUGAAAAAGAUUUUUGUUUUGUUUUUUGUACGAGUUGAAUAUAUUGUAUUACAUUUGUUAUUGAUUGAUUCAGGUUCAUGAAAAUAAAUUGUGAUUUUGAAGUAUCUGA